GUUAAUCAUAUAAAUUUGACCCUAAAAUCUAUCUCAUUCUCUCAUCAAUCUUCUUCCUUUAAAUCCCUAAAUCUUCACGUUACUUUUCUAUCUACAUUUUCACUUUCAAUGGCUUUGAUUAUCACCUGCUCCGCUCUACCCACGAUCCGAGCAUCUUCCGGAUCCGGAUCCCUUAACCCGGAUCAAAACCGUAAGAAAUCUGCUGCUUGGUGGGCUCCUCUCUUCGGUUUACCCUCCGAUCCAGAUUACCUCAACAUCGAAAGCUCAUGCUCCACCGUGAAUCCGGAUAAAACCGAUAUUUCCGGGUCGGGUCAAAAGUUUCGUCGCGGUUGUUUUACGGAGGAGAAAGCUAAGCAGUUGAGGAGGAAAACCGCAGAAGCUUCCACGUUCCAUGACGUAAUGUAUCACUCCGCCAUUGCUUCUCGACUUGCGUCUGAUAUCACCGGCCGAGUCGAGGAUUGAAACGGAUUCGGGUCAGAUCUGGAGACGAAUCAAUUAAUGAAUAAUUAAUCUUUUUUUUCUUAAUUCAGUGUUCUUGUAGGAUGCAGACCAUCUUCUAUCGGUGCUCCUUUUUCAUUUGAACCGUUGGCUUGUGUUUGGUCUUUGUGUGUUGUAAACUCUAGUUCCCUUUCUGUUUCUUCUGUAAUCAACCGUUGGAUUUCCACUUGUUAUUUUUAGACAUGUGUUCCCUAGUUAGCUCUUUUAUCUUAUCUCAAAUUUAAGACAUUGUGUUCUCUAAAUCUACAUCAGAACUUGACUUUGGUCUG